UUCAAUUUGGUUAAAAAAAUGCCGGUGGAUGAUGACCUGCAUCUUUUCUACUUAGGUAUACAACGCCGGCAUUUGCAAGGGAAGGUGUACGGAUUGUGGGGGUCGGAAAAGUGGACUGCAGAAAUGGUUGAACAAAUUUCGUUGCAUUUGGUAAGCAUAGUUUUGCCAUCGGAGAUCCAUCGCAAACUACGCAAGUUGGACGAUUUGAAGUUUUGGAAAGGCUCUGAGUACAGUUCUUUCCUACAUUAUGCUGCUCCUGUCGUUUUGAGAGGCAGAGUUAGCGAAAAUGAAUACAACCACUAUAUGCUUUUCAAUUGCGCUACAAAAUUCCUUUGCUCAAGAACGUUUAAAAACCAAUGGACAAGCGCUGGAUAUUUGCUUGAACAAUUUGUUGCCGACUAUGAUAAAAUUUACGGGGAAGGGUACGUGAGCAGUAAUGUUCAUAAUUUGCUACAUGUUACAGAGGAAGUUAUGGACCUUGGACCUCUCCAUGAAACAUCAGCAUUCGAUUUUGAAAAUGCGCUUCAGGGUAAGACACGCAUGCUAAGAAGUGGUUACAAAAAUCUGGAGCAAGUAAUAAACCGGCUGUCCGAGUUAGACAAUUUAACUGCUCCAGAACCAAUGAAAUUUUUUUAUGACAUCGAAGUCACAGAUACUCAAAUAACAGUUCUUAUGAACAAUUAUGUAUUGAAGAAAGGAAAUAGAGAUGGUUGGUUUCUUUCCACAGAAAAAGAAGUUAUUCAAUAUUGUUCGGCAGCGAAGGUAUCUUCUACUGUGCGUAUUACCGGAAAAAUGCUGAUAGGCAGAAAGAAAGAAGCCUUCAUCUUCCCGCUUUCUUCAACAUAUCUGUUCACAUUUGAAUGUAACGUAAAUGAAAUUGAAAGAACCGUAGUCGAGCUUACUCCAUCACAAGUGUUCUGUAAACUUGUUGCCAUACCAUUAAAUGAAGGUGGAGACACUUUUUUCACACCUUUGAUACACACGCUUCCCGACGUAGACAGCAAUUGAACAACGGUAAGUUUUCUUUAUUACAAAAAUAUGAGGAAAAAUAUUAAUUUCAAAUUUCUCCACAUUACGGUUUUUUAAAUAAAAAAAUAAAUAUUUUUUUCUUCUUUACGGGUUUUUACAGCACGUGAAUUAUUAUACUUCAAUAUAACGACCUUGCCGUUCUAAAAUAAAGCAAAUGAUAAAUUCAAGUUUAAAUCAGUCCUUAUUAAUUCAUUACAACUAGUAUAUUUAUUGUCAAGCUUUUGCUUUCUUCUAUUUUAAUUUCAAAGUUUUGGCAUAAGGAGCAGACAUUUUUACACCCUUCAUGCCUUGCGUUUGGCAUUUAAUAUUAUGUUCACUUUGUAAAUUUGCAAAAAGUUAACCUCUUGUUCUUCAAAAUUCUUGGUCUUUGAAAAACUCUUAUAAUUACAUAAUUUGCUUAAAGCAUUUUAUCCUUUUGAACCCCCAACCACCCAAAGUACAUUCAGCAAACACUUUUCGACUGUCAUCUGUUUUUCGCAUAAUAAUAUAUCUUUACAUAAUCACGGAACUGUAAAUCGACUCCUAAAAAACAAGGAACUCUUCAAGUAAAGUCUCGUAGUUGAGUGGAUUGACAUGAAACAUUUGACCACUAUCUUGUUUUGGAGGGCCAAUGGCCCUCGAUUAAACGGAAUGUUUUACAAAUUAAUUGACUUUAUUAAGCGUACUGUGCGAAUGUCCACAUCUUUAGAAGCAGGCAAUUCCACUGGAGCUUUAGCCGGGAGCGGUGCUGACGACACGUCAUUAUUACCUACGAUACUAUCGAUAUGUCACGUUUCUUCGAUAAUUACUGAUUCAUCAACUGCAUACACGAUGUGCAUCGACGCACUGUUUAUAAAUUGAAGCGGCACUUGACAAAAAACUUUUUUGUUCUAUUUUCAGGUUGUGAAACAGACAUUGAUGGGAAUGGGACGUUUGGUUACGUUUGAGAAACAUUAUCUGAUGGCACAAGUUCUCCGAACGACGACGGAAGCAUCAAAGGAAGCAGUGCCAUUUGUGAUAAUCCAGCCAUACCAUACACCAACUGCAAACGUGUCGAUAAUGCGGCAAACUGGCAGAUCAGUCCGGCACCGCCAUAUUAAUACUAGCAGCCGGACACCGGACGGGAGGACCGUAACGAGAUAAAGAAAGGAAACAAGUGUAUCAAUAGAUAACCAGUUUGUGGACAGCGCGAAAUACACUAUGUGCCCAACAAACUUGAUGUAUACAUAAACCUCAAACCAACAAAACAGCGGGUGGCGUAAAAAACCAUCAAAAGCACCAAGAAGAAACCAAAACGCAGUGCAACCGUAAAAUCAGUGGGUUAGAUAAGGAUAGCGUCAUAGCUCCACUCCAUGCGGUGCCAAUAAACAGAAGAGUAAAAA